AUGGCCGCCACAGACGGCCGCAUGGGUGCACACCCGCAGCCAUACCCGAACCUGCCAGCGUCGCCCACCUUGACGAACCCUGAUAUGAUUUUACCCGAUUAUGACUUUGCGCUCUCGCCCAGCCUCGACGACGAGGACCACCCGGCCCGCUCCCAGUCGCCGCUCAUGAUGUGGAAGAACGCCCACGCUGCCUCGUCGACCACCGACUUGCAGCAGCUCUUUGCCGCCUCCUCGCAAGAGCACCACGCCUUUCCGACCGGACCCAUCACACCCACCACCCCCAUUAUCUACGGCAAUGGCACCAUGCUCUCCGACAUUGGCGAGGUCACCGAGGCCGAAAGCACCCCCGGUCGGCCCUCGCCAGGAUCCGUACGGCGCCGCGCUGCUGGCGGUGCUGGCAGCAGCGGUCCAUUUGAUGCUGCGGACUCAGAGGGCUCCCGUACGCCGUCGCCGACCCCUUUGCCGCACAACCUCCGCCCCUUCCACCACAACGCCAGCAACAACUCCAGCCACAACACCCUCCAGGCGGCGCUUAGCAGCCGCGACAAUCUCUCCGAUGCGCCGCGUCGGUCAUCGCCCACAAUCGGUGUCGAAGAUGCGCCUCAGCAGAACGUAGGCUCAAGCUCCAACGGCGUCAAGCAGCGCGCCCGGCAACAGCAGCAGCAGCAGACCGCCCGGCGGGACUCGCUCGAGAGCAACAGCACAAUAAGGACACAAGAUCAGGCUGGUCUCUUUGCCGACUUUGACGACACCGUCAGCGUUGGCGACAGCGUCUUCCAGGGCGACGACGAGGAGAGUGUGGCCGAGUCCUACGUGGAGGAGCCGUAUGUUGCUCGAGAGGUGCCGAUCCUAAGCUCGGCCGCACCAGCUUCUCUACUCGCCGUUCCGGAUUUCACCAGUGGUGGCUUAAGUAGCGGAGGCAACACAAGCGACGAAGGCGACCGGCGGCUGUCCGCCGCGUCGCUGAGUCUGCGCGCUGAAAAGAUUCUGGCCAAUGCCAAAAAGCGACUCACCACAAUGGAAGGCAACUUGAACCGCGCUCGCAGCUCACUCUAUAUCUCGUCCCCUCCUGGCGGUUCCCUCCCCUCGGACGGCUCUACGCCGUCCCCCAAGACACCUGUCCGUUCCGCGACCGCCAGCAGCCGCUACCACGACCCGAACCCCGGCUCGCCAAUACACUCCCGCAUGGUAAGCGACGGCGCCGUGCCAAUCAACGGCGGUCUGCCCAGCAACUUCCCGCAGCGGUCGGCCAGCGCUCUUGGUGCCGCUGGCGGCUACCGCAAGCCACAGCAGACCGGCUCCAGGAGCGCUGAUCGCAUCAACGAAAUCCAGGACAGCUUGAGUGGUGGCUACCACCGGGCUGGUCUUGCCAAGCCGGUGGACAUUGUCCUGGAGCGCCUGGACGAGGUAGACGGCGCCGACGACAAUGAGAUUUUGCCGUCGCAGGACCGCUCAAGCGACCAAGUAGAAUCAUUCCUGAGCCCGACAUUCGCUUCGGCCGCCAACGGCGGACAGUCUGGGCUGACUCGGUCGGCGUCCGUUGCCCAGAUGCGCGACCUCAAGGACCAAAUGAAGGGCCUCAAGGGCAAGAUCUCGACGCUCCGUGAGCAGGCCCGUGCCGACAGCCUCAAGCGCAGAAGCCUUCAAAGUCUUCGGACACCUAGCCCGUUCACACACUCGCAGGUGGACCAGUGGUACGCCGAGCAACCGCAGUCGAAUGGGAGCCCCGAAUCUUCCGGCAACGGCAGCCCAGGCCAGCACCAGAACAACUGGACCAAGGAACGGGCUGCGGACAGCGCGGUUGAAGGAAACCCCGUGGCCACCCGCGGUGAUGUCAGUACGCCCCCACCCCGGCAAGCGGGCGGUUCCUCACCCGCUGGAAGCGCACGUCUGCAACGCAGCGGCGGCAGUAGCUCGAGUAGCGCUCGUCAGACUCGGCGGAAUACGGCCACUGCGCUCGAUGCAGACCAGACGGACGGGGACUCUGUCCUGAGCAGAUAUGAAGACGUGGAGGACGGAGAGGUGACAAAGCUGUCCUACGCGAAUAUGUCACAGCAUGCGACCGAGUCCCCUGUUUUGGGCGAAGCUCGGUCAAUUCCUGGCAGCGAGACUAUCCCUGGUGACGACGACGUGGACGAUAUGCGGACCGAGAAUGGAGACUUUUCCGAUGACGGCGAGCCGAGACAGCUUGAGGAUGUCUUUGUCGACAGCGCCGAAGCCACCGAGCAACUGGAAAUCGACGACGGUUUCAACAACAAUGAGGUGUAUGACUUGGGCGCCGAGGACGAUGACUCACGCGAACUGUCGUCGCAACAGCAAUUCGAGCAAGAUGACGUCGAUUACGAGAGCGAGAGUGGCGAGUCGCUGUACCAUGAAGCGCUGCAGCACCCUGUAUCGCACGAAGACCGCGAGGAUGCCUUUGACUACGAGCAUUUCAUCCUGCACAGCGCCCUGGGGACUAUCAGCCAACAGCGUCUGGCGCGGAGUGGAAGCUUCAGCUCGGAGGAUUCGGUCGAAACCACGCGGGGCCCUGUCUCGUCUAGCAGCAACAACAAUAAUGACGCCGCUUUCCCAAGCCCGAACCGCCGGACCAGCAUGAGCUCCAUUUCCACCGUCGAGUCCGCCGACUCCUUCGCAACGGCCACCGAGGGACGAACCAGCCGUAGCAACCACGUCAACUCCGAUGAGGAGGACGACGUCGUUAUCGACCGCGAUUCGCGGACUGCUGCCGCCGCCGCUAAAUACCGGCCGGACAGCGUGCUCCUUGCGCGUGCAGCCGCCGCCAAUCAGAGCCCCACGCCUGCCGCCUCCGCCGCACCGCCCGAGGACAACUUUGGGUCCGGGCCCAAACGGAACAGUGCCGAAGAGCCCCGCCAGACCCAGCAGCCGUCCAUGGCGCGGCGCCCGGCCAGCGCUGUCGCUGGCCACCGCCCGUCGAUCUCGUCGUUUGAGUCCAUUGGCACCACGCGCAGCUUCCCGCUCGUGAACCGCAACCGCAUCGGCAGUGUCAGCACCGUGAACGGAGGCCCCGCUACGGGCUACCGUAGCGGCAGCAGCGGCGGUACCCACAGUCUAACCUCGUCCGUCUCGACCCUGCCCAACGGCAACCGAGACAGCUCUGCCUCGUCGACGCCGACCCCGACGCCGACUCAGGCAGCACAGCCAGGGCUCAAUGGUGGCCUUGUCUCCUCUGACAACGAGGAGCUCCGGAGCAUCUCCGAGAUCAUCAUGAACGAGACGGCAAGCAUAUUUGAGCAGGGCGGCCAUGGCAGCGCCAGCAUCGGCACCAAGCCGAGUGUGUCCAGCCUCGGCGCGCCGUUCCUCGACCGCGCGGGCAGCGCUGCCAGCAGUACGAACGGCGGCCCGGCCUCGCACGCCCAAGCCCAAGCCUUGGAGGCACUGUCCAAGGAAGACCAGUACCUCGUCGAGCGCCUGGUCGGCAACCUGGGCCGCUGCGUGCUGGGCCUGUCCGAGAGCGGUCGUGCGAGUACGGAGAGCCGCAUGUUCCGGCGGCGCAUCGAUGCUGCACGCCGCAUUCUCGAGGGUCUUGACCCAAUCUAA